GGAACCGGAUGUGAAAAAGUGUGUUUAAACUGAGUCAAAAAUCAACACAGCGACCACAAAGUUCGAAAGGAUGGUGCACCGGAAAGGUUGAGAUACUGGGAACGUGUUACAAAUUUCUUCUGCUUGAAUGUCUGGAUGAGAAACAUUUCCUUCACGUACCUACCAAGGAUUAAACAUCGCCCAUCGCCAUGAAUCCACCCAACCCAUUUGGAAGUCCGCAAGGUGGAGCUUUCCAAGCCCCAAGCAACACUAUGAAGACUGGCCUGUUCCAAUCAUUUGGACAGCAAGGUUCCAGCAGUCAGCCCCAAUCUAUGGGAUUUUUUCAAGCGUCAGCGUUUGGACAGCCAUCUGUCUUAAAUCAGCCCUCACCUCAUGGAAAUACCAUGUUUGGACAAGCCCCUGCCUUUGGACAGUCAUCUGCACAGCCUCCCUCGCUGCCUACAAUAGGCCAGGCUCCAGCAUUUGGACAGCCGUCAUUAGGAAUGAGUAGCUCAGGCUUUGGGAGUGGCACAGCACCAGCUUUUGGACAGACUAGUGGACCAAACCAGAAUUCAGUCUUUGGGCAGACACCUGCAUUUGGACAGACUUCUGCAUUUGGGCAGGCUCCAGGAUUUGGCCAGCAGGCCUCAGGAUUUGGCAAACAGCCACCUGGCUUUGGCCAGCAGCCCCCUGUCUUUGGAAACUCCCAAAUGGCUUCUGGAUCCAGCACUGCCUUAGGGCAACCCCGGCCACUGGGAUUUGGACAGUCUGCGUUUGGACAGCCAUCGUCUACCAGUGUCACCACCAGUGUAUUUGGCACAGCGCAGAGUGUUACCCAGAGCAGAGCCUUUGGGUCAUCAGAAUUCAGUUUCAAGCCCGCCAAUGAGGCACUUUUCAAGCCCAUCUUCAGUGCCAGCCCCGAGCCUGCUAACCCUCAAACCACUUCAAUGUCCAGCUCACCUUUUGUCAGCAGUGGAAACCAGACAAGCUCCAGCAGCACCACCACUGGCUUCUCUCUGUUGUCAGGUGAUAAGUCCGGACCACUGGGUUUCAGCUUUUCACAGCCAGCUGCAGCCCCCUCUAUCUCUGCUCAAAACAAUCCACUAACAACAAGCAAUAACAGUGGCCCUACAAACACUCUGCAGUUCACCUUUUCCCAGCCAGCCCCUCCCUCCAACUCCAGCACUAAGACAUCCACCACUCAGCCCACCACCCCAUCUUCUUUCAGCUUUACAGCCAAAGCCCCCCAGCCCCAGACAACACCCCUUUUUGGAGGAACCAAUUUUGGUCAACCUUCAGCUUUUGGUGGCACCAAAGGUCAAGCAGAGACUAGCACAGAUGAGAAAAGGGGCGGUCUUGAGGCCCUAGAGGAUACAAAUAUAUUUGCACGAUUUAGUAAAGGCACCAAGCGCAAGGAGGAUCCAGCUGUCCCCGGCAGUGGCCCAGAGAAGCCUGCCACUGAUGAGGAUGUUCCAGCAGAAGCAGAUUCACCAAGACACCCCUCAAAGAGGCCCCUAAUGAGGUCCCGUGGCCCAACGGGAGGCUUAUUCAGUAGGGCAGUGAGUGGUCUCCGUAAAGAAGGCACUAACCCAGUAAGACGAGAUGCCACAAAGGAGACUCAGCCGCAGCCAUUGAAGUGGAAGGAGACAGAGGGAGAAGAUGUCCAAGGUCAGGAUGACAACCUGUCUGUUACACCACCCACUGUACAAGCACUCACCAGGGAUGUGCUGGAAAAAACUGAGGAGUCAGAUUCAGCAAAAGCCUCAGACCCGAAGCUUGAAACUGUAACUCCUGUGAAACGUGGCGUACGCAGGGAGAGCUCAGAAAGCCUCAGCGGCAUGUCUCCUUCUGACUGCACCAUCAUCCAGUGCAGGAAUAUACCUCCAGCCCUCAACAAGAAGGACACUAUCGAGAAGCACUUUGCUCGUUUCGGCAAAGUCUCUAAAGUCCUGUGUCGGCCUGCCAAGAACCUGGCCAUAGUACAUUUUGAUGACCAUGUAUCAGCAGCAAGGGCCAAGAAGAAAGGCAAAGUCCUGCAUCGACAAGAACUUCUCCUCUUGUGGCAGAAAAAGAAGCAGAGUCCAGGACAGAAAGGGAGCAGGCCUGCAGCAGGAAAGGAGGAGGCAGACAUAGAAAGCCAGGAGGACACAGCGUCCAAGGCUGCUUCCUCCCCUCUCAGAAGACCUCCCCUCAGAGCUGCUGCAGUCACCAACACCCUGACCUUCAGCCGCAGCUCUCCAGUGAAGAAGUCACCAGUGGCCAAGUCUCUGCAGUUAGACACCGAACCCCAGAAGGAGAGCAGCACAGAAUCCCAGAGCUCCGAGCGCCCAGUCCCCUCCUCCCUCCUCCAUCUCAUUGGCCAGGUGGCAGAGACAGCUGAAGACAAGUAUCGCCUCCUGGAGCAGAGAGACAAGAUCCUGCGUCAAGGUCGACCAAAGCGGACAGACCUGGACCUGUCUAAGGUGUUUGUGGGGACGUGUCCUGACAUGUGUCCAGAGAAGGAGAGGUACAUGAGAGAGACACGGAAGCAGCUCAGCAUAUUCGAGGUCUUCCCAGACACAGAGAUGGUGGACCACACAGCAGCGAUCAAAGAGUACAGUCGCUCAUCAGCGGAUCAGGAGGAGCCCCUGUCCCAUGAGUUGCGCCCCCUGCCUGUGCUCAGCAUGACCAUGGAUUAUCUGGUGACUCAGAUCAUGGAUCAGGGCCAAGACAACUACCGCGACUGGUAUGACUUUGUCUGGAACAGGACCCGUGGCAUCCGUAAGGACAUCACCCAGCAGCACCUCUGCUGCCCACACACAGUGUCGCUGAUUGAAAAGUGCACACGCUUCCAUGUGCACUGUGCCCACCACCUCUGCGAGGAGCACAUGUCAUCUUUUGAUGCCAAGAUCAACAAUGAGAACAUGACCAAGUGCCUGCAAAGUCUCAAGGAAAUGUACCAGGACUUGGCCACGCGUCAUAUCUACUGCCCCCGAGAGGCAGAGUUCCGGCAGUACAGCGUGCUGCUGAAGCUCAACGAUGGUGACAUCCUGCGCGAGGUGCAGCAGUUCCGUGACGACGUGCGCAACUCGCCCGAGGUGAAGUUUGCAGUUCAGGCGUUUGCUGCAGUCAACAGCAACAACUUUGUUCGCUUCUUCAAGCUGGUGAAAGCAGCCUCCUACCUCGCCAGCUGCCUCCUACACAGAUACUUCAAUCAGGUCAGAGCUAAGGCCUUGAAGGCCCUGAACAUUGCCCACACCGUGGGUCCACGGUCCACUGCGUUUCCAGUUGAGGACAUAGCUCGGAUGUUCAUGUUCCGCAGCAUCACAGAAGCAUCUGACUUCAUCCAGCAGUACGGCCUUAAUGUGAACGAUGGUAUGGUUGAACUGAGUCGGACAGCGUAUCAGGAGCCAGAGCUGCCACUGUCCCAGAAAAAGUCUGAGGUCAUCCUUGCAAAGAGAACCGUGUUAAUGGGAGAGGUGGUGAACGGAGGCCCCCUCCCUAACCCUCCCCGGCACACUCCCGUCUGCAGCUUUGACUCCCAGAACAAGUACCGUGGAGAGGGCCCUCUGGCUGAGCCCACUUCAAGCCAGUUUAAAGCUACUGCUGCCAAGCUGGAGGUUAAGGCGUCAGCCAGCGCUGAGCUGCCGCCGCAGGUCGCAUCACUUGUGGACACUCCCUCAGGGUUUGGGCUUCCUCCAGCUGUUACAGACGAGCAGAGCGAAUCGCAUUACAGCCCAGCCCACCCGACAGACGCCCAGCAGCUCUUCCAGCCGAUAUCUCAACCUCAGCCCGUCAAAUCGCCCUCGCCUCCAGCCAUACCGCAGCCGGUGUACAGCGAUGAGGACAUCAUGGCUGAACUAGACUGUGUGAUUGAGGAGGUGGUCGAAGCAGCAGUGAGGGAGGUCGCUGAUGUUGGUGCCAGCUACGUCACAACAGCUCUUGCUGAGAGCAGUGUGCAGGUGGAGUCACUGGUGAGCGAGGUGUUGGGACAGAUGCUGCAGGAGGUGUCCUCCACCGAGAUGAAGCUGGAACAGGAGCGUGUCGCUGAAGAGAAACGCAAGCUUGAAGAAGCCAGGAGGAGGCAGGAGCACGAGGCUUUCCUGGCUCAGUUCAGCCUCAGUCUCUGUACAGAGAUCAUCCACGAAGUUUUAGAUGACACCAUCAAGGAGACCGCCUCCUCUGAGAUCCAGCAGGCGGUGAACGAGAAAGCCGAGUGUGUGGCUAAAUGCACAGAGCAGGUCUGCACCAGUCUAGUUGAGGAGACUCUGAAUGCAGACAUUGCUCUGAUGGUUGAAGAAAUCCUCGAUGCUGAGCUGCAGCGAAUCCACAAGUACAUCAAAAGGUGGCGUGAUGUGGUAGCAGUUCGUCGGCAGCUGAAGAGACAGAUGAGAGGUUUCCCUGCAGCUCCUUGCUGUGUGGACCCUCGUUUCAAACUCAAGGCUCUGGCUCCCAGCGCCCCCAUACAGCCCUCCAUAGCAGAUCUUGCCCGUGGUCUGGUCAACCUGGGAAACGCUGGCACCCUGUCUCUGUCUAGCACCAGAUUAUUAAAGAUGAGACAAGAUGCAGUCCACCAGAUGAGAGUCCACUACUACUAUCAGCGGCUGCUUGAUGAGACAGUGUGGGCGCCGCUCAACCUGCCAGCCCUGGUGGCAGAAAAUAUCCCUGACCCACCUGACCGAAUCUUCUGGAAAGUUGCUCUCCUCCUACCCAGCGACCACGAGAGUGUAGCCAGCCUGGCAGACAGGAUCCUGUCAGACUGGCUGGAGGUGAAACUUGGUGGUGACAAGGUGUCAGAGGUCAGGCAGGAGCAGCCCGAUGGCACACUGCAGACCCUCUGUGUCUCCAGCACACUGCAGGAGAAAGGACAGCGCACUCACCAAGUCUACAUCAGCAUCAAGGCUUCCCGAGGCCCACUGACUGAAGACGGCCUGUUCAAAAUGGAGGAAAGCUGUGAGCUCCAGGGGACAGCAGCUCUGAUCAUGUUGCUCCCCGCCAUGCCCAUCAUGGAGCCCGGGCACGACGAGCAGGACGUUCCUCUGCUGUCGGCCCUGCUUCAGCUCAAACAGCUGCAACAAGCCAGCACCUGGCACUGCCCACUGCCUCUGGUCAUUCUUGUGCCAGGACCUACCGAUGGAGCUGCUGAUACACAGAAACUUGUAGAAGCCCUGAUGCUGCACACACUGGUCAACGAAGGCCUGAUAUCAGAGUACACAUUCUUCUUCAUACCAGAGACCACAAGUGACAUCCAGGGAUCCAAACAGCUAAUCCAGGCCAUGCGCUGGGUGCUGGCCCGUGCUCCACCGUCCUUCUCACUCACCUGCCAGACCCUGCUGCAGCUUGUAGAGGCCACUUUGAGUCAUGAGUUCAGUUCCAGAGUUUACGCCCACCGCCAGGAGCGAGCCGCCGCAUGUCUUCCCUCACAGGACCCUGCACCUGUCGUCCAGCUGUACAACGCUGUCCUGGCUCACAUAGCUGAUAAAGUGUCAUCCCAGGACCUCUGCAAACUCUCAUGGCCACCGGGAGAAUUCUGCCUGCCUGAUACCCAAGAAUUUGUUCCUCACCUGGGCUGGAACUCGGCUCAGCACCUGGCCUGGCUCCGCAAAGCCAUCCUCAGCCUGCAGCUGCCACAGUGGGAGCAGCUAUCUGCCACUGACUCGUGGUGUGAGCUCUGCUCCUCCAUCUAUCGCUACGCUGCUCAGAUCCCAGUCUCACGUUGCAGUCAGCCUCUCCUGAUGUCGCAGUUGGAAAACCUCCUGGAAAGGGUCAGACUAAAGGGUCACCGUACCCGAACCCCCAGAUCCCAGGUAACCAUGGGAAGCUGGAGCAGUGGAGAUGAGAGCGUGUGUCCACCCUACAGUCAGAUCCCUUGGGACGACGUGCUGGUGAUUUGCAUAGACCACAAGCUGAAAGACUGGCAGAUACCUGGACCACCUGCCUGUGAAGAUGCUGUGACAGAGGAUGGCGAGAUCCUGGUUUACUUCCCCACAGAGUCACACAAAGGUUUCCAGCCACCUGAGGAGUGGACCCAGGCCGUCAGACAAACACACAGGGAGAAGCAGCAGGAGAAGGAAGGGGCAAGUGCAGCUGCCUUUUCCACACCCACCAGUCUGUCCCUCAGACAGAGGUUGUUCCACAGUUUGGCGGAGCCUGUCGUGGCCUCAGCAGCCCCGCUGGACAUCUCACACACUCCCACAGCACAAGAACUACUGACCCACAAAGUCCUCCAGAGCUUAGAGGAGGAGAAGGCUGAAAGCAGAAGGGUGACGGAGCAGCUUCAGCGUUGGCUGGAUGGUGACCCCUUGGACCACUUGUCCACACCACUCUUCAUUCCAUCCUCCACACUGCUGUCCAUGCCCAAAACCAUAACCCACUCCCCCACAGCCAAGACUAGAGAUGCCACACCUGCACAGGAGCCUGAUGAUCUGUCGGAGAAAGCAACUGGGCCCAAAGCCAUUCGUGUGUCAAUGGCAUGGCGACUGAAGGAACUCAAUCGACAGAUUUUAGCAAGCCAAGAGGAAGAACUGGCCUGCAGGUUGAAGCUGAAUGGUCUGCUGAGCAUUGUUAAUGACUGAUGAGCUGUUUUUUUUUUUUUCAGAAAUGUGUUUGCAGCUGUACAGGUGAUUGAAAAGUGAGGACGAACAAGCCUUUUGACUCCAGCGACAGACUACUUUCAUGUAUUUGCGGAGCUCAUGCUGAAUCUAUGGCAGAGUUUGUUCACCGUGAAUCUCUCAUCUUUUAAUCUGUUGAGGUUCACUGAUUGGACAAUGUGUGCGUGUCCGUGUGUACAAUUCAAGAAGGAAAUAAAGAUUUUUACUUCUGGUUUAAUUUUCUACCAUUGAUUUUGAAUCUAUAACUUUAAUAUGUGUGUGAUUUUGUACAAAUACAGUGUCAAAGAUUGUGCACUGCUUAAACUCAAGAAAAGCUGCCUUUUCUGUCUUAACACCUGUUGAAUUACUUGGAUUGUACAUGUACAGUGAAUGUUGAAUGAUGACACUGUCGGAUAACUAUUGAAUAAAAAUGUUAUUUUUC